ACAAUCUAGAUAAAAUAUACUAUAAUUUAAUUACUUAUUUUAAAACAUAAUUUAAAAAGUUUAAUAACAUAGAAAUCUACUUUACCUAUCAUACCUGGACCCUAAUACACAACCCAACCUCUCUGUCAUAACUCUCUGUUCAUAGAAGCACAUUUUUUGCAAAAAAUGUGUUUCUACAAAAUUUAUAAAAUUAAUUAAAUUGUUUAAUAUAAAAUGUUUUUUUUUUAAAAAAAUUUUUUUUUUACAAUAAAAAAAUUUUUUUUCCUUUUCUAUACUUGUAAUGUUCUUCUAAAGGAUAUUUUAAUCCUUUUUGAAAUCUUUUUAUGAUGUGUCCAAUAUUUGGAUAAUUUUCUGUAAAAUUGUUCAUCCCCUGAUGAGGAACCAUAUGGUUCGAAACUAGUCGGGAUUAUAAAAUAAACAUCAUAUAAAAUAACCGUAUCUAGGCCUUUUCAUUAUCCAAAAACUACUAUUAUACACUGGCCUUAAAACCAAUAAGACUCUACAUCAAUCAACAUGAAUAAAGAAUUUUACGAACGAAUUCUCCAUCAAUUUGGACAACACACUCUGAAUGAAAUUAAAAAUUGGAUUAAACUUAAUUAUAGGAUCGCUCGAAGGAAGAACCAAAGGAAAUUUCUCUAUGUAUGUAAAAAUUUAUGUAUCUUGCCAGAUCAUAUUGUUAAUAACACGUUUUUGAAUUUUCGUUUUUUCUCAAAAUCAUGCUGCGAUGGUUUAGAAACUAAUACUCAAUUUUUCGGAAGGAAAAUUUUAAAAUUAGAACUUUCUGACAUAUCAAGUGAGAUUAAAUAUUUAUAUAAAAAUUUACAUUUUUUUAACAUUAAAAUUUUACAAUUAACUAAUAAUGAUUUUUUUACAUUUUUAAAAAAACAAGUUUACUUAAAUCUUAAUAAAUAUCAAAUUAAACUAAAGAAUUCUUCAAAACUUAAAAUCGAAAAAUUAAAAAGUCAACAAAUUAUUAAAAUAAAAACUAAUCAAAAUUGGAUUGAAAAUUUAACUCCAUUAAACAUUCCUAAAAAUGUCUCUGACAUUUUAGCUCUAGGAGGUAAUUUUGGUUUUCCAUAUUCUUCAAAGCAAAUACCAAUCCCCACUAUAAUUUCAAAUGUAGAAUAUGGCAUAAGGAAUAUUCCCUCUGAUACUAAAAAUACUAUCAGAGGGAAUAUAUCUUACUGGUUGCAAAAUUUAAUACUUAAUAAAACUACUUUUAAUUGUACUCAAGUAAAUCUAAUUAAUAAAAUUAACGAAACAAAAAAAUUUUUAAACUCUAAUAAAAAUAUUGUUGUAACCACUGCCGAUAAAUGUAACAAAACUGUUAUUAUAACAAAAAAUGAUUAUAUUUCGAAAACACUUAAUCUUUUAACUGAUACGACUACUUAUAAAAAAUUGAAUUCUGAUCCUACAAUCUCCAUUCAAAAUUGUUUACGAAAUCUUUUAAAAUCUUUUUUAAAUAAAAAAUACUUUGAAAAAAACACAUAUAAAUUUCUCAAUUGCACAAAUGGUGUUGCUCCAAGAUUUUAUGGAUUACCAAAAUUACAUAAAAAUAACAUCCCUAUGAGACCAAUUACAUCUUUCAUAGGUAAUCCAAUAUAUAAUCUAUCAAAACUUAUAGCUAACAUUUUAAAAAAAUCCCUAAAUACCGAAAAUAAUCACUAUAUUAAAGACAGCUGGGAUUUUAAAAAUAAACUUAAUAAUAUUUUUAUUCCUCCAAAUUUUACAAUCUUUUCACUUGAUGUUGUUUCCAUGUAUACAAACAUAUCUUGGACACUAAUCAACAACACUAUUAAAAGCAAAUGGUCAGAAAUUGAAAAACACACAAACUUCUCGCAGGAUGAUUUUCUUGAAGCUUUAAAUUUAUGUUUAAAUUCGGCAUACUGUCAAUUCCAAGGAGAAUUUUAUAAACAAAUAUUUGGUUUACCAAUGGGUUCUCCAAUAUCCUCAAGUGCGGCUAAUAUUGUCAUGGAGGGUAUUGAGGAUAAAAUUUUAAACAAAAUCAAAUAUAAAAUUAUUUUUUAUUUUCGAUAUAUUGAUGAUAUAUUAAUUUGUGCACCUUCAAAUAAGGUGGACGAUAUAUUAUGUAGAUUCAAUUCUAUCGAUAAACAUUUAAAAUUUACUUUAGAGUUAUCUAACAAUAAUAAAAUUAACUUUCUAGAUCUUUCCCUUUCAAUUGACAGUAAUAAUUUUAUUGAAACAAAUUGGUUUCGUAAAUCUAUAUGGACGGGCAGAUAUAUGAAUUUCUAUUCACACCACCCUCUAAGUUAUAAAAUAGGUAUUAUAUACACUCUAGUUGAUAGGGCUAUUAAAUUGUCAGAUCAACAAUUUCAUCUUGAAAAUCUUAACAUUGUUAAAAAAACAUUGCUACUUAAUGGAUACCCAAUAGAUCUGUUAAAUAGAAAGAUUUCACAGAGGUAUAAUGCUCUUACCAAUAACUUACAUAGAAAAAUAAAUAACAACAAUUUUCCAAUUGAAAAAAUUAUAAGUAUACCUUAUAUUCAAAAUUUUGAUGAAAUAUUUUUUAAUAUAUUUAAACAACAUAAAUUUAAAUUAGUUUUCACUAACUCUAAUAAUUUAAAAAACUGUAUUUUUCCAAAAUUUAAAGAUCCAACAGAGAAAUUUCAGAGAGUUGGAUGUGUAUAUAAAAUUCAAUGCAAAGAUUGUGAUAGUUGUUAUAUCGGAGAAACCUUAAGACAUCUUAAAACUAGAAUAAAAGAACAUAAACGAUAUGUCACUCACAACCAAAAUAUUAAUGCUUUAACUAAUCAUACUUUUGAUAAUAAACAUUCUUUUGAUUUUGACAAUACAAAUAUUUUACAAAUUGAAAUAAAUAACUGGAAAAGAAAAAAUUUGGAAAUGUUCUAUAUAAAAAAUAAUACUAAUAGUAUUAAUUAUAGAACAGAUAUUGACAAUCUAGAUAAAAUAUACUAUAAUUUAAUUACUUAUUUUAAAACAUAAUUUAAAAAGUUUAAUAACAUAGAAAUCUACUUUACCUAUCAUACCUGGACCCUAAUACACAACCCAACCUCUCUGUCAUAACUCUCUGUUCAUAGAAGCACAUUUUUUGCAAAAAAUGUGUUUCUACAAAAUUUAUAAAAUUAAUUAAAUUGUUUAAUAUAAAAUGUUUUUUUUUUAAAAAAAUUUUUUUUUUACAAUAAAAAAAUUUUUUUUUCCUUUUCUAUACUUGUAAUGUUCUUCUAAAGGGUAAGAAACUUUUUCAUUUUUUUUCACAAAUUAAAACAUAACCUCAUAAAAUCUUUUUAAAUUAAAAUUAAAACAAUUUUAAUUAUUUUUUUCAGAUAUUUUAAUCCUUUUUGAAAUCUUUUUAUGAUGUGUCCAAUAUUUGGAUAAUUUUCUGUAAAAUUGUUCAUCCCCUGAUGAGGAACCAUAUGGUUCGAAACUAGUCGGGAUUAUAAAAUAAACAUCAUAUAAAAUAACCGUAUCUAGGCCUUUUCAUUAUCC